UAAAACCCUCACCACCGUGAAAAGGAAAAAAAAAAACAAAAGACAUCAUCAAUGGCGAUUGCCACCACAAGACGAACCCUAACCUCCCUCUUCACUCGAACCCUCUCCUCAUCAAAACCAUCUCCUUCUCGGUUCGCUCUGCCACUUCUUGACCUUCUUCAAACCAACCAAUCUCCAAAACCCACUCAAUACAUCCAUACCCGACUCAAAUCAUCCGGGUCGGGCUACUCACCGUUAAACGACCCAUCACCAAACUGGAGCAACCGACCACCAAAGGAAACGAUAUUGUUAGAUGGGUGUGAUUAUGAACAUUGGCUUAUUGUGUUGGAAUUCCCAACUGAUCCUAAACCUUCUGAGGAUGAAAUGAUUGAUUCUUAUGUUAAAACCUUAGCUGCUGUUCUUGGCAGUGAAGAAGAGGCAAAGAAGAAGAUAUACUCUGUUUCAACAUCAACUUAUACCGGAUUUGGUGCUUUGAUAUCUGAAGAGCUAUCCUACAAAGUCAAAGCUCAACCUGGUGUUCUUUGGGUUUUGCCUGAUUCGUAUCUUGAUGUUCCUAACAAAGAUUAUGGAGGAGAUUUGUUUAUCGAUGGGAAAGUCAUACCACGACCUCAGUACAGGUUCACUGACAGGCAGCAAAACAGUAGGCCACGUCCAAGACCUCGAUAUGACAAACGUCGUGAGACAAUGCAGACCAUACGUAGAGAGCCUAUUCAAAGAGAUGGUUGGGCCCAAGAUCAGCGAGGUACUGUAGCUCAACCAGCUAUGGGCCAGCAUCCACCUCAAAACGCUGGUGGAGGGUUCCUGCAGAACCAGAAUGGGUCACAAUGGUCAAGCAAUUGAUGCUUUCAUGGCCACUGGCGUUUCAUAAUGUUUAGAUAAGCUCAGUAAGUGGAUUUGUUUAGUGCCGUUGCUCGUUUUGCAUACUAUUUAUUUGUUGGCACUCGGCAUGGAAUCAAAAUUAUAGAAAAUUCAGUGUCAACAUUGAUCUAUAUUGUCUCAUAAUUCCAUUAUUACUCUUAACUGUCAAUGUAUCAGCACUUGAGAAACAAACACCUAUUAAUUCAAUGCUGCAGAAUUCAGUUUAGUUUGGAAAUAUAUUCAAGCUUAGACCUCCAUAAAGUGUGCUUGUUCUCUCCAGCGAUUUUUCCCAGAAGAAAAAAUGUCAGUUAAAUCUUUUGUACCAAUUUUGUUACAGCAUCUACUUAACUAAUUUUGCUUAUGCUUUAUUACACAUGGGUUUGAUAUCCGCAUAUGUAUACAUUAUGUUUAAUGAUAAUUGAUAUAUAGCUUUCACACAGACAAA